UGAAACAUGCAUUUUCACAGUGAACAGAGUUGUCUCUGGUUCUUGUGCUGCCUCCUGCUUGUCUCCAUGAAGAUAAAAGACAAGCAGGUGGUAAAUCCUCCGCUCAAAAAGUUACAUAGUGUACCUUUAGCUCACAGUGCUGAUGCCUCAGGUUUCCUGUAACAGUUUUUUCCACCCUGUCUGUAACUGGAGCACAGCUACAACAGCUUUAGUAUCUUGUUCACUCAGGUACAAGCAUGCACCAACUGGACUUAAGCUUUUCCCUUUUUUCAAAAUUUGCCUUGUCAUGAGAACUGGAGUGAUUCACGCAUGUUUUGGUAAGAAAUAGUAGCUUUCAUGAAAACAAAAGCUACUAGAGCUUUUAAAUGGAGCUGUACAACAUCUCAAUUUGCAUCUAAGAUCAUAUGGAUCGUGUCUUAAACCGAUGGCCUCUUUGGAAAAAACAUGGUGGAAAGUUUGAAGUUAUGUCUUCAACUUCUGAUGCUGCUGGGAAAAAUGAUCUACAAUCAAAGUGCAGUGCAGCAUUGUCCACUACAAAACAUUGUUUCUAACUUCACCACAGAGGCUGGCUCUCCAUUUCAUUUCAGCAUCCUUCUCAAUGCAACACAAACUCAUUUGGGGAAUUUGAAGAUAUCUUUGGCCAAUGGAAACCUGCCUCCCUGGGUGGAGUACAGACAAGAGACUGGACAUUUAGUUGGAUUGGCUCUCCCUGAAGAUUGUGGGAUACAUCACAUCCAGCUCCACAUCACCACUCACAACUGCACUGCAAAUUUAUUUGUGCAUGUUCGCAAUACAACUAUCCAUGGCAAUUCUCCAAAAAGGGACAUGUUGCCUUGUCCUGACAGAGAAAUCAGCAUCUGGGGCAACCUCCUUCUUGACGCGAGUCCAGUCCACCUCAAUGCCAGCCGACGCAUCCAUUUGGUCAACACAGUGGCAGACCUCCUUCACUUACAAGGGAAUUCAAUCUCAUUAUUUUCAAGCAAGAACUUCAAUGUAUAUUUCCAUGAGAUGCUAAAAGUCUGCAGCCCGACCAAUCUGCAUGAGGAUUUAGAGAAGGCAGCAACCUUUAGAAAUUUGACUCAACUUUUAUGGCGUUUUGGUUGCAGAUCACAAGAACAACUAUUUUUUCUUCAAGAUAAAUUUAGUAAUGCUUUUGUGAGAGACAUUUUGAUGAAGCAGCUAGAUAUACCCGUUUUUGCUUUGAGAUUACUAUGCACGGUUGAAGUAGCUCAUAAGGUCAAAAGAGAUUUAAGGUUGGAUUUAUCAACGUUUCUUUCACAACUCAGUAGCACAACUGCACAGAGAUAUACAGCAAGUGAAGCCCAGACAUUUGCACAAACAAAUGACAUAACAUUAAAUCAUUUUGUACAAUCCAGUGACACAUUUGCAUCUGACCACACUGAAUCAGAUAUGGGAACUUUGCUAUUAUCCUUUGAAGACAACAUUACUCCAGUCUUCCCCACUCAGCUGCAUGUGACCACUAACUUUCCAAGGCUGCCCACAAGCUUGACCUCAGGAUCUGAUCAGGGCUGGAGUGACAUCUGGACCGAAACAUAUUGGUACAGUCACUCUGAAUCAGCCCGCCCGGUCCCUCUGAAGUCACUGGAUCUUUCUGACUUCAGACAAGAGUCUAGCGGCCCAUCUGUUUCUGAUAGUCAUCAAACAGAGACCUAUGGAGUUUCGUUAUCCUUCAGCACUGACCGAUCGCACCAGUCAUCAAAUGCAAUACUUUUAUCCCAGAUGUUUUCCCCAACGCCACAUCUGAGUCACCCAUCAAAUACUGAGCAAACCGAUCCAAAAAUACCCCCAACUGUGUCUGGAGCAUGGCAGGAAGCAAUAUCUCAGAUAAAUGCAACCCUCAGAGACCUAACACUGACCACACUGGUGAGUCAGGCAGCACAAAAUACACUGGAGUCUUCAAUGCAUGUAUUUUUGACAACUGGACCCACUACAUACACACCGCCUUUACCUUUUGCUUAUAGCACUAGUGAAAUGCCAAAUACAUAUGAUUACAGCCCAACGUUUUCUUCUGGAGGGCAUUCAUCAUCAGACAUCACCAAGCUGUCAACAUCUUCUGUCACUGCAACAAGUACUGUGAAUUUUCCUCCCCAAGUGUUGCAGACCAUCCCAGCUCUCACCGCCACCGUUGGGUUCCCGUUUUCAUAUUCGAUCCCAGAGAACACUUUUGUUGACCCAGAGGACGGAGCAGCCGAUGCCUUGUCUUUAGAAAUGAGAUUAAUUGACCCCCCUCCUCCAAGUGUGGGCUCCUGGUUGUCUUUGGAUGGCCUAAAAUUACACGAGAACACCUCGAGUUGUAGCAAUUUUUCCAGCCAGUCGGAUGUUAUCAGUAAGAAGCGUAGAUUCGAGGACACUAAGGCCACGGCGGGCUCUUUUAUUACACCCCGAAAUACCUCCUCCGCCACUGAGUCUCUGGAUUAA